AUGGAUGCUUUGGGUUUGAAGGCAGGUAUUCAUGGAAUUGCGCCGCCACCCGCUGUCGUGGGAAAUGGGGUGCUGGAUGUGCGUAUGAGCCAGCCUUCUCAAAUAAGCGCAUUGGGGCCGGCGGCGAAGCCGUCAACGUCGGCGGCGCCACCAAGGAAUUCGCCGUGGGGGUUCACUUCUAGGUACCCAUUCAGAUCCUUGUGGUCCGGAGGCAAUAACCGGCGCGAGCCGGCAAUUGCGGUGGACGACGGCGUUUUGAUGGAGGAAAGAGAAGAGAAUAGAAAUGAAGAAAGAGAAUUGGAAGGACAAAAUGGGAAUUGGAUAUUAAAGAUUUUGCAAGUGAGGUCCCUGCGAAAAGAAGGCGAAAAAGAUGGUAAAUUGGUUGAAGAAAUGGGGAUGAAAUUGGAAGAUGAGGAUAAAAACGGGGGGCUGAAUGCAAAUGAUGAAGAUAAAGGGGAGUGUUGCAACGAAAAUGAAGAUUGUGAUGUGUGCACAAUUGAUGAAGAUGAUGAUGAAAAGAUAGAAUUCAAUAGAGAAUCAUUUUCAAAGCUACUUAAGAAGGUGCCCUUAGCAGAAGCCAGGUUAUAUGCUCAAAUGUCUUAUUUGGGAGCCUUAGCUUAUUCCAUACCCCAGAUCAAGACUAAGAACCUCCUGAGAUUUCGUGGGCUACGCUUUGUAACAUCAUCACUAGAAAAGAAAGAACAAGAAUCGAAAGCCGAGAAAGAGAAGGCAUCAGUUGAUGAGCAACAAAAAGAAGAAAAGACAGCCAAUGGAGCUCAGGAUUCAGAAGGAAAUGUAAUAGCAGAAGGUGACGUGGAGAUGUCUGAUAGGAAGCAGAUAAAUGCAUCUGCUGCUUAUGAGAUUGUUGCUUCUGCUGCUUCGUAUUUGCAUGCUCAUACAAAGAGCAUUCUUCGCUUUAGAGCAUCCAAAUCCAGGCCGAUGGAAAAUUUUCUACAAGAAACCAAAUGUGGCAUAGACAACAUUAACAUGAUGAGUGGGGAUGUAGCUUCAUUAAUGGCUACCACUGAUUCGGUGACAGCAGUGGUUGCUGCGAAGGAGGAAGUAAAGCAGGCUGUUGCAGAUGAUUUAAAAUCCACCAAAUCAUCUCCUUGUGAAUGGUUUGCAUGUGAUGAUGAUCAGAGUGCGACAAGAUUCUUCGUCAUUCAGGGAUCUGAGUCGCUGGCGUCAUGGCAGGCCAAUCUACUCUUUGAGCCUGUAAAGUUUGAGGGACUGGAUAUGCUUGUGCACAGAGGUAUAUACGAGGCUGCAAAAGGGACCUACGAGCAAAUGUUGCCUGAAAUUCGUGCACACCUACAAUCUCAUGGAGACCGUGCCAGGUUUCGGUUUACGGGACACUCACUUGGUGGUAGUUUAUCAGUGCUUGUAAAUCUCAUGUUGCUGAUGAGAGGUGGAGCACCCGUUUCUUCGUUGCUUCCUGUUAUAACUUUUGGUGCACCAUCAAUUAUGUGUGGAGGAGAUCGUCUCCUACGGAACCUUGGAUUGCCACGAAAUCAUGUCCGAGCAAUCACAAUGCACAGAGACAUUGUUCCCCGAGCUUUCUCUUGCAAUUAUCCUAAUCAUGUAGCAGAGUUUCUUAAGGCUGUAAACGGGAACUUCCGCAAUCUUCCAUGUCUGAAUAAGCAGAAGAUGUUAUAUGCUCCAAUGGGGGAGUUUUUAAUUCUUCAACCGGAUGAGAAAUUUUCUCCCAGCCACGAUCUUCUUCCUUCAGGGAGCGGUUUGUAUGUAUUAAGCUACUCAGUAUCAGAUGGUGAGCCAGAAACGCAAAUCCGGGCUGCACAGGCAGUGUUUUUGAGCUCACCGCAUCCACUUGAGAUAUUGAGUGAUCGAUCUGCAUAUGGUUCUGGAGGAACUAUUCAGAGAGAUCAUGACGUGAACUCGUACUUAAAAUCCGUACGUAAUGUUAUUCGCCAAGAGUUCAACCGGAUAAGAAAAAGCAGGAGAGAACACCGUAAGAAAAUCUGGUGGCCGCUUGUUGCACCACGUGGAUUCAAUGCUGGUAUCAUCAUGAGCCGGGCAGUCGCAUCUGGUAACAUGGGUGGUCGAGGUGAGCUCAAUUUCUCCGGCGUAAUAAAAAGCGGGAGAGACUCUUGGAAACGCUUUAGCAGGUUAGUUGCAUCACAACACAUGCAUUUGCUUGUCGUGCUUUUGUUUCCUACGAGGCUGUUAAUAUUGGGAACGUACAAUUUGAUCAAUUUUGAUUGA